CACGUCGCUCUUGUAGGCAGCGGUUGUUCGCGAAAAUCUUACUCAAAUACGGUAAAGCUGUAAUGAAUGUAGGGAACUAACUAACACCGAGACAUGUUGUGAAAAACGACAUUAACGCCCGGAUUCAGGAAGAGUUUCUUUUCAAAAGUGCAGUAGAAGACCUUGGUGAAAUACUGCAGCCCCUGGAAAUAAGAAGCAUGAAUUUAAAUGACUAUGUGGUUCCUAAUAACAAGACCAGAUCUGUCAAGCUCAAUGCCAGGAACCUGCGCAAGCUGCAACUGGACACCACAUCUCUGGCCAGUGAGAGCAAGAAUAUGGAGGAGAAACUUAAACAGUUGAAAGAAAGCAUGAGCAAAGAGAAGGAGGAAAGAAGGCAUUUUAGAGACAUGAGGUGGAAAUUUGGACAAUGUAUUUCUUCAAUCAGUAACCCUCAACCUAACAGCUUCAAGAAAACCAAUGACAACAAAGUCCAAAAACUUACAGCAGGGAAAAUAAAGAUCAAAGUUUUGAAGGAUGAGCCACUGCCAGCCUCACCGCAGUCAUCAUCUUCAUCUUCAAUCCCUAACGCUGGUCUUGGAAUGACAAGAAGAACCAGAGUCAAGGGAACAAUCUCCAGAAAAUGUGAAGUCAAAUCAACUAAAUUAACAGACGCACAGCCUCAAGUGAUCAGCCAAGGCGUCAGCUGCUUCCAGAGAAAGAUUAACCCUGGCUCUUUUCCCGGUAUCUAUAAUCCUGAUUCCAGUAGAAGCCCUGAUUCCAAUCACAGCCUCACAUUCAAUGCAAUAACCACAAGUGAAGAUGAGUGGCCAAAGAAUGGAACAAAGCUGAAGCAAAAACAAAUGAAAGUUUUUCAUAAUUGCAGCCAGGUGCUGGUUGUAAAACAUGGACAGGAGAAAGCAGGGGGAGUAAUUGAAGAUGAUAAAAGUGAAUUGGCCAACUCCAUUUUUACAGGGCAGUAUAGUGAGGAGGAGUCUGCAAGAUCUUUUCAGGAGGCUCUGAUACAGUGGAGGAAUGAAAGGAGUGAAGGAAAAGAAAACCUUGAUACAACCGAUGUACUGGAGACACCCACGACAGCAGUAUUGGUGUCAGCCAUGUCGACCCAGACUGACAUCCCUCCAGGCAGAGAAGCUGAUGGACUAAAAAGAGAAGGAGCAGAAGGGAAGCUAAAUGUGAAGUUUUCUGAAAACAGCCUCACCUACAUGGAUAGGUUGCUUCUCAAGAAGCACCGCAGAACACCAGUUGAAAGUCCACCGUCACUGGCAUUUGGCAUGGGUUUAAAACCACCACCUACCACAGACACAGAGGAAGAGAUGGCCACCAUCCUAACUGCUGAAGAGGAAGAUUUUCGGGAGUACUGUUCUUCACUGCUCAAAGUCCCUGUCAGCAAGGACAGCACUGAGUCACAAGUUUCCACACCUGAAUUCUAUCUUGAAAUAGAAAUCUUGGAUGAGGAAUCCACAGAUAUGAAGAUGGUGCCUUUGACUGGGCAAAAGUUAGAUAGCAACACAGUGAGUUCACAAGCUGUUUUCUCCUCUACCCAUUCAACUCAACCGUCCACACCAUCUAACGCAUCAGUUCAACAAAAAGCCAAGGAGCCACAUUGCCUUCGUGAUCAGAUUUUAAAAAAUGACUCAGUGAAAGAAGAAGACUCCUGUGCAGAGAAAGCAAGAAUACAUGGACAAUUACCAAGGGAGAAAUCAAGAGAAAUGGCCAAUAAUCUGGAAAUGUCUUAUCGAGAGGACUUAAGACCUGCAAAGAAAAAAACAGAGAAAGAUUUGCAAACUGAAGGCACAAGACAGCGGCCAGAAACACACAUGGUGAUGCAAAACCAGACUGCUGGGUUUGGAUCAGAGCAGUUCUGUGAUCUGGAUGGGUUUUUGCCUUUAGGUUUGGACACGGAUACCGGUCACCCAGACUCAUCAGAGCAGACACACUGUGACAGACUUCCCACAUGCCAAUUUUCAGUGCGUGCCUCAGACCCAACAGUGCAUCGUUCACACAGCAGCCUUGGAUGUCACUCUGAGGAAUACCUGCUUUGCGAAGUGAUGAAGGACAGAUAUGAAGAGCCAACGGGAAUUCAAAUUCAUUCAACCCAGAGAGAAGAAAUGUCAGCAAAUGAACUCGGAACAUCUGGUUCUCAACUUUCUCAAGUGAUCAUGGAGAUCUGUGGUGUGGACCAGACUGGCUGUGAGGACCCUGAUUUGGACACAGACAUGACCGCACGAAUGCUGCACAUUAUGGAGCAGGAACUACAACUUGUGGCAAACACACAGUGCAUACCUUUCCAAGUUUUCAGUUUGGAGUCAGAAGACAGUGGAGGGGAAAACGAAGAUGAGAGUCAACACUUGAAAUGGGAUGGCCCCAGCAGUGAGCAACACGAAGAGGAGAAUACUACAGAGAGAGACCGACGAAGUGUCUUCUUACUGCCAUGAGUCAUGUACUGACGGAGACAAGCAAAUGAAAUUUACAAUUGGUUUAAAUUGUGUUUAUGUGGUGUGCAGAUGCGUUUUACCCACAUUUAUAUAAAUGUAGCAGUUAUAAUAAAUGCUGUUUUGAUUUGCCUUC